CGUGCUUCAGUACCGCGCGAGAGAAGCACGGAGACACACAAGAGAGAGGGAGGGCGAGAGGGAGAGAGAAAAACAAGCAAGAGUUAUAGUGACAUAGUGCGUGCCGGGCAUUUGUUGUCCCGGGAAUUUCCUCUUUUUUUUUUAUUUAUUACCCUUGAUAAUGGGUUUGGAUUAUUAUGACGGUUUCCGAACUUUCUCCUGGCUCGGAAAUAUCAUCGGUCUGCCGAUCGAUCAGAUUAAUUUCCUCAUAACACAAUUUAUUGCAUUGAUGCUGGCUGGAUUAUUGAGAUCAUAUCUUAGUCAUAAGGUAGUAGGGCCAGCUAUCAGACAUUAUUUUGGUCUUACGAUAGGUCUUGCACUCGGAUACUUCUGUUUCGGCAGACAGGCAAUACAUUUGGUGGGUCUAUCCUCAUUCUGUUAUAUUGCGAUGAGAGUACAAAAUCCAAUUUGUAUGCAAAGGUCUGUUCUUAUCGUUGCGUUAGCAUAUUUGUCUACUAUUCAUGUACACAGACAACUCUACGGUUAUGGGAUGUAUACUCUAGACAUUACUGGUCCUCUCAUGGUGAUCACGCAAAAAGUAACGAGUCUAGCGUAUAGCAUACAUGAUGGAUUGGCCCGCAAAAAGGAGGAUUUAACACCAUUGCAACAGCAACAAGCUGUCUAUAAAAUGCCAACCAUGACGGAGUACUUCAGUUAUGUCUUUCACUUUCAAGCUCUAAUGGCGGGUCCAGUAAUAUUUUAUCGUGACUAUAUUGACUUUAUACAGGGGGAUCAUUUUAAACAUGCUACUAAAUCGUUAACAGAUCAGAAUAAUCAGAAUUCAAAGGAGAGUAUUAAUGAGAUUAACUUGGAACCAUCUCUGAGGAAAAUUGUUGUUAAAAAAGUGAUAGCCAGUUUAAUAUGCGCCGCUUUCUUCGUUUCCUUCCUUUCAUCGUUCUCGAUUCAAAAAGUAAAAGACAAAGAAUUUUUAGAAGAGACAACGAUAUUAUACAAACUGUGGUACAUAUACGUAGCGACUAUGAUGGUUCGUUUUAAAUAUUAUCACGCAUGGAUCUUCGCCGACGCCAUUUGUAAUAAUUCGGGACUUGGUUUCGAUGGGUAUAAAGAAAAUGGUGAACCUCGUUGGGAUAAAUUCGCCAACGUUAAUGUUAUUAACUUCGAGACUUCGCUCAGCUUGAGAGACAGUAUAAAUAAUUGGAACAUGGGAACCAAUAGAUGGCUGAGAUCUAUCGUUUACGAUAGAAUGAAAAAACAAAAAAUGAUAUUUACGUAUGCCUUGUCGGCUCUAUGGCACGGUUUUUAUCCUGGUUAUUAUCUUACCUUUGCCAAUGGAGCUUAUUUUACGUUAGUGGCUCGUAUUGUUCGCCGUUAUGCUAGGCCGUACUUUUUGGGCACGAAAAACAUGAAACUCUUUUACGACGCAAUAACGUUUCUCGCAACCCGAAUCACUAUGGCCUACAUAGCAUUUAGUUUCGUUCUCUUAGAGUUCCUACCAAGUAUUCAAUUGUACCUGUAUAUGUACCUGUUACCACAUUUAUUGGGAUUGGUUGCUAUAAUUAUUUUACCACGUUUACCACGUCUUCCAGAGUCAAGAACUUCCGAGAAAAAUUCUUCCGAGAAAAAUUCUUCCGAGAAAAAUUCUUCCGAGAAAAAUUCUUCCGAAUCUUCGAACGUUCGCAAUGGAAAUUUACACAAAACUAUGUGAGAAUGACGAAAGUAUCAUAACAGUCAUUAUAUUAAAUGACAUACAUACAUAUAUAUAUAUAUAUAUAUAUAUAUAUAUAUAUAUAUAUAUAUUUAUAUACAUAUAUAUAUAUAUAUAUAUAUAUAUAUAUAUACAUACACAUACGUACAUAUUUUUUAUUACUGUUUUUAAUACAUACGUACAAUAUUUAUUGUUAUAAACUGGUAGAAAUUCUAUAAUUGCAUGUAGUAAUAAAAGAAAAAGCCGAACAAAUAAUGUAUAUAUAUAUACAUAUAUAUAUAUAUAUACAUAAAUGUAUAUACAGAGUAUUUACAAUGAAACGGCUAAAUUUUUGUUAUCUUAUCACUCGUGAAAUUAGAGCGUUUUCAUUGUAGACAAUUUGUAUAUGUAUACGUAUAUACAUAUAGCUAUAUAUAUAUAUAUAUAUAAAAAAAUAUAUAUAUAUACAAACACAUACAAGCGCAAAUAUAUAUAUAUAUAUAUAUAUAUAUAUAUAUAUAUAUUACGUAUGAAUGAACAUUUUUGUAUAUGUGGAUGUUACAAAUAUGAAGAGAGUUAUGCAAUUAUAUUUUAAUGGCGGAUAAAGAACCUUUGUCAGGUGGAAAUAUUACAGAUUUUAUAUAACUUGUGUUAAUAUAUUCCGUUGUCUUUU